AUGAGAACAUCACACCUCCUGGGCCUUCCAGCAAGCUUACUGCUGCUACUGGCCGCGCCUUCGGCAGCGCAACUUCCGUACAACCCGACCAGAAUAUUAUCACCUCCACGAAACGAGACGAAUGAUCUUCUUUACGUAUUCCGCCCCUCGCCAGCCUCCGCGAACCAGUUCGAGCUGCUUUCGCUGGACCUAUCUUCAGAGGCGAGAGCAGACAACCUACCUCUGACGACCCUAUAUCCGUCGCUGCCGUUCCUCGAUGCCGACACAGCGAAAGCCUUUGCUUCCGUUAUUGAUAGCAAUGGAGAUAUCACCGUAUACACAGGUGACUGUGCCGAUGGUCCUAGUGGAGCCGAGCUGUGGAAGUUUGUGGCCAGACGGUCAGCGCGCAACGGCAACGGCUCGUGGGUGCAGGAGAAGCUGUCUCUUGACCCCGCCGAAGAGCACCGCGCUCUCGCAGGACCGAACUACCUCGCCUCAAGUAUAGCGUUCUCGGGCAUAGUCGGCGAAGAUGGCCCCGAAAGUAGCAUGUACAUCUUCGGCGGGAUGUGUCCAUUCGAGGACGCUUCUCAAGAUGAGUGGACCUCAGCUGCCAACUACUCGAACCUCAUGGUCAAUCUGGAUCCUGCAGCAACGCCGAACGAAUUCGAAUUCGGCCUUACUGCGAGCCGUGGUCCCCCUAUUGCGGAAGCUGGCUUCAGCAUCACCCCUCUACUGCCGACGUUUUCGAACAACAGCGAUGGCUCGCAAAACCAGCAGCAGAAUUUCGUCUUGCUUGGUGGGCAUACGGAAACUGCCUUUAUCAACAUGUCACAGGUCGCUCUAUUCUCUUUGCCAGAGGAAGCAUGGGCCUUCCUUCCGGUAGAGCAAGCUUCCAAAGACCAUACUUAUCUUGCUGCGCGAGAUGCUGUAACUCCAACUAGCCCGAGAUCUGGACACACCGCCGUGCUUACACCGGAUGGACAAAGGAUAGUGGUUCUAGGCGGCUGGGUUGGAGACGUCAACACACCCGCCGAGCCGCAGCUGGCAGUGCUCAAUGUCGGAGCCGGUUAUGGUGGCAAAACAGAAUGGAGCUGGACUUUUCCACCAUUGUCCAGCGAUGGCCUCGCGCAAGGGACGGGCCUCUAUGGUCAUGGAGCGGUGAUGUUACCUGGUGAUGUCAUGAUGGUGAUGGGAGGCUAUUCAAUACCUGCAACCUUGAGCCGUCGACUGAGGGUCCGAACAACUCAGAACACACGCAAUCUCUUCUACAAUGUUACCUCGAAUACCUGGCUUCCGAGUUACACGCUUCCUCCAGACGCCUCCGAUGGCGCUCAGCCCCACUCUGGUCCACUGUCGAGUACUUCUCAGAAAGCAGGUCUCGGCGUGGGCGUCGCAGUCGGCUUUGCAGCUGUAGUCGGACUCGUACUGUUCUACUUCUGGUUCGCUCACCGGCAGAAGAAACAACGCGAGUUCCGUGACAAGGAACUGCGAGAGCUUGGGCUUAGCGCUCAAAGCUUCAAUGCUAACGGGUAUGGGGAGGGUGGUAUCGAUGGUCGAGGCGGCAAUAUGUCAGCAGCGGGCUUCCUCGGUGAUCGGGAAAUGGCAGCGUAUACUGCAUAUCCGUGGUCGAAUGGACGACCGGCCCGAGGUGGGCAAGGGUAUCGGCGCGUAAGCGCCGGUGAUGCACAGCGAACUGGCGUGCUUGUAGAGGUACCGAGCCCUACACGAGGCCUACGACGUGGUGCAAAUCCUCGUGGGAAUUACCAUCCCGCGCCACGCUACGAUGAAAAGCGCAGAAGUCGAGGGUCAGGUACCAUACAUCCGAUCAAAGAAUCAGAAGAGGAGGAGCACACACCGGCAGGAAUCGUACCUCACUCGGGAGGGCUACCGGAAAUGAGUGAGAGAGACCGUAUCGACAACCGCGCGUCUCUUUUCUCCCAGGCACCAACUCUCGAUCCGUUCAGCGAUCCUGACCCGCUAGGGAGCCAUCCUGUCAGCGCCGUCUCUCCAAGUCCGGCGCGUGCUCGGCCGACUAGCAGCUCCUGCCCGGUAUCGCCAAUUGAAGAGGGUAAUGCCGGACCUCAAGCCCGGGCACUGGAAUGGGAGCGCGCAGCCGAUCGCCUCCUACACGACCUAACCCACCCCAACAGCACCGAGUCCAGCAGCCCUGGCCGCACAUCACCCUCUCACUCCGGAGAAAGCCGCACGGGUAGCAACCUCAGCGACCGCUCCGUCUGGUCCAACGUAUCCGCUCGGUCGUCGAGCGGAGGCGCCGCUGUAAGCGUUGCACGCAGUAUCUCGAUUCGCUCUGCAAAUCUCCUAAAUAGUAUCACCAACCCUUUUUCCACGCCCAACACCAGCCCGCCGAACGACUCCCCACCAGAAACCCGUGAAGGUCUCCGCCCACGCGCCUUCACCACCGGCGCCCGCCCCGGAAGCCAAGGUGCCGAGUCAUUCAUGACAGCCCAGACCUCUUUCGCAGCGCUGCAAGCUGAAGGCGAGGCGAUUCUGGGCGGGCGACCGGACCGCUAUCGGGAUGAUCCUAGCAGUCCAGUCCACCCACCUUCACCCAUCGCUACCGUAGGCCUGCUUCGAGAGAAACCCAGUCCCGAGGAAACACCCGCCCCAAGCCCCUCGAAAGAGAAGCCCCGACUCAGCUGGAUGGGCUCAGUCCGACGGGCCCUAAGCCGCGGCAAAACCAACGCCGGUGCCGGGAGGACUGUGAGCAUGAUCUCCGCGCACGCGCCCACACCGGUGCUAGAGCCAUACCGCGACAACCCGUCACCCGUGCACGGCGCCAGCAAACUUGCCACAGCCCCGCGCCGCGCAGUCUCAGACGCGACGCCCUGGCGCUACAGGCGCGGGGCCCGGGACUGGGACGAGAGCAACGCGCUGGGCGACGUGGAGGACAUCUGGAGGAGGACUAGCGGGGAUGACUGGGGGAGCCCCGAGGAUAGGAAAAUGAAGGAGAGGGAGGAGGAGAGGGAACAGCAGGAGGCGGAGCGGGAGUGGGACGUGGAGGCUGCGGCGGAGAGGAGAGUUGUCCAGGUUACCUUUACGGUGCCCAGGAUGCGGUUGAGGGUCGUGAAUGCGGAUGUUGAUGGGGCGAGCUUGGUUAGUAGGGAGGAGUGUGGGGUGGAGAAGGGCGAGGUCGAGGCGGAGGGCAGCGGUGGGAUUGUAGAGGAGGAUGGCGGCCGGUUGCUGAAAGUGAGUAGUAGAGAGGAAGACGGGGUGGGUGUGAGGAGUAAGAGUAGUAGAGUCCUGGCGUUGGCGAGGAGCUUUGAGCAGAGGGCGGAGAGUCCAGCAACGGGCGAGGGCUCGAGGGGUCUGAGAGAUACGGGCGGGGCUAGGUCUAUUGCGGCACCAUAUGUUCGGAACGGUUUAUAG